GCCACUGGUCAACCACUGGUGCCAGUCCUUCCCUGAAGAGAGACGCGCAAAGGCAUGGGAGCUUUAUAGGAGGAGAGGGGGCCAGAAGGGCGAGGGAUAGGAACUUGGAGUCUAAAGGCCGGAUCAAAUUGCAGAAAUUGGUCGAAUCAGCAAGCAUCACGGGCAGCAGAUCCUAGGCGGCCCAAUCGUGAAACUCAGAGCGGCCAGUGUUGAGCGUCUUUGUGCAAGGAUAGGUACUCUGCUUCCGUUCACUCAGCAAGACCUUAAUACGUAGAAGGCAGAUUACGGUUCCCCCCUUUUCAAGGUUCUCAAGCUCAGAUCAAUCUCUCGGGGGUUAGGGUUUUGGCUUUGCAUGCCCUACUCACACGAAUUUGUGCGCUGAACGCUGACCUAAACUUGAGCAUUACAGACGUUCAUCAUCAGGUAGAACUGCAGAUCCAUUGGUCUUGAAAACACCGAUUGCCUCAUCCAGCAUGGAAGGGAGGGGGGUUUUGGUAUUGAUUGUUGGCCUGUCUCUUCUGGGGACUUUCCAGACAGCUCAGAGUAGUGGGGUCCAGGAGAAUUCCCUCUUUCUUCCAGCUUUCCUGUGGUCUGACCAGAGUUACUUCGAUGGAACUCAUCACACCAAGUAUGAGACGAUGCCAGCCGAAUCCGUCAUGAAGGGAUUGCUACAUGGCCUGGUUCAAGCCUCCAACAACACCGUUCUUGAUGCAAGGCAGCCGUCGUUGCUCCUCGUCUUUGUUGGCCAACAGAUUCGCACCAAGCAUCUUGGAGGGCCAGAAUCGAUUGAGAGUGCCCUCGCUCCUUUGAAGAAAGCGCUGGGUGACUCUCAGUCCUCCCUCGUCCUUCCCUACGUCACGCUAUCCACCAAGCGGGCCCAUCUGGCAGUUGCGCUCCAGCAGGGGCUGAGCCGUGCAGCGUAUCAAGGGGCGCGGAUAGGACAAGUCGCAAUCGCUGGGCCCUGUGCAGCGGCCCUUGCUGAGACCGAGUUAAUCAGCACUGCCGAAGUCAGGGCUUACCUGGGGAAGCGGGCAGACGAGAGAGAGGCCGGCUCCACUGAUGUCCUCGUUGUGUGCUCCUCUGCGGCUGCUGGGGAUGCCUCAUCAGAGGCAGAUUGCCUGGUCAGCGAAGUGGCCGAAAUGGCCGAAGUCCACGAGGCUGUUAAGGAGACCACCUCAGACUAUUUGGCGGCAUACCUCACCGACCCGUCAGAUGGGACACGGCUCGGCCGCACGCACCGGGUCCUGCAAGCUCUCAAUGAAGACCCCGCAGCGGGGAAUGCUACCACUUGUAACGAGCUGUGCAAGACGAAGGCCGUCAUCAUCGAGACCGCUCUCAUUGGCCUUCUUCUGAUCGUGAUCUUGUUGUGCGGUCUGAGCUGCGAGUUCCAGUUGGACACCCCUACCAAGUUCGAAGUUGCAAGGGAUUGAGGUUAGUGGCCUGCUGAAGAGAGGGCUAUUGGCAGUGAUAGUCCGUAUCUGGACGCCGUGCGGCUUUGCUCUGCAAUCGUACUCCCACAGUCUGCUCAGCAGUAGGGGAAGCAUCGCAUCACCAGUCACGAGCAGUGGAAAUUUGUAUAGAAGCAGAGAAGCGUAGAUGUCUCAGAACCCUUUCAUUAGUUGACGUAUACUCUCUGAAAUGAGAAUGCUCUCUUCUUUUCCUUAUAUGACUCCAGCUGUAUCGUCUUUACCAUGAGCCGAGUAAGUCGAGGCUCGACCUUUGGUCUUGGUAACACCUUUUGUGAAAUGCUCGCGCGUCGUGCUCCACAACUUGAUUAGCAGGCUGUCAGGCAACUUGUUGAGGCCAGAGCGAGAGCCAGGCCAGGCCCUUCGUACCCCUUCCGUUGAUUGAGGUGUUGGAUCAUGC